GCAUUUUAUACUCUCUACCAUGUUCUAUGGGCGGGACUUGGGUAUAUUUCGGGUUUCAGAGUCGUUCACGAACAAACACCCACAGCAUCAAAAAACUUGGUAUUGUGCUUGUAACCUCUAAAUUUAUUCCUUAGACUUCAAAUACGUUAAUAUGAGUAACAACAACAAAUUUGCACUGUCAAUCAUUGAUUUUCUGCAAGUCUCCGCAGCUAACGAGCAUUUGGCAAAGAACAAACAGGAAUGCCUGGAAGUUGCUGCUCAAUGUUUGGCAGAUGCCUUUGACUUGGACAAGAAAGACGCACCCUCUGGCGCUGGUGCAAAGCUGAAAACUGCUUUUGAAGAAUUUCAGGCUCGUGAAGCAGCCCUCACUGAGGCUAAGAAGAAAGAAGCAGAGGAACUGAAGGUUAAGGGAAACGAGGCUGUGGCUAACCAUGAGUACGAAACUGCCAUUGAUUACUAUACCCAAGCUCUCAACAUCAUUCCCACGUCUCCUGUCUUCCUUUCCAAUCGUGCUUCCGCCUAUAGUCAUCUUGGACAACACGAGAAGGCUAUUGAGGAUGCUGAAAAGGCUGCUCAAAUCGAACCUACUCACGUUCGUGCUUACAGCCGUCUUGGCUAUGCAAAGUAUUCUCUGGGACGACUCGAGGAAGCCAUUGAAGCCUACAAAAAGGGUCUUUCUCUCGACCCCAACAAUGCUGUUUUGCAAAAGAGUCUGAGCUUGGCCGAGAAGAAAUUGGAGGCCAAGGAGGAAUCCUCUUCUUCUGCAGCUUCUACUACUACCCAAGAUCGUGCUGCACCCAGUGGUCUGCCUAACCUCGGCGGUCUCGGUUCCGGUGGCAUGCCCGAUUUGGCAUCUCUUAUGAACAAUCCUGCUGUCAUGAACAUGGCUCAGAACAUGAUGCAAUCUGGUGCUUUGAACGGCCUUUUGAAUAAUCCUAACAUUGCCAAUAUGGCCCGCAACUUCCAAAACGGUCAAAUGCCCAACCUUCAAGAUCUCAUGAACAAUCCUCAACUUCAACAAAUGGCUCGUAGCUUUAUGGGCGGCAUGGGCGGCAACAGUGAGAACUCUAACAACAACUCUGGAAACCACUGAUUUACAUGACGCAUUUAGUCACGCUUUUGUUUUCAUAGUUUCUCUUCUAAAGAUUUUUAUUGAUUACCCUAACUAAACGAUUGUGACAGAAUGUGUGUAGCUUUCGCCGAUUUCGAGAAAAUAAUAUUUUAAUUGUAGAUGACCAAAAAAAAUGCAAUGAAGUAAUGUUUACUCAGUAUCCUCAAAA